AUGCGCGAUCCCUGCUUGCAUGCUUGGCCUGGUCUUCGGCUGCACCCGGUCCUCUGUGCAGCGGGACAAGUCUCGCAGCAGCAUGAGCGCAUGGUUCACCAAAGACCCGCCGGCGGAAGCAGAUCCCACAGAUGGUCCCUUCGACGCAGCCACGCAGCUUUGCCGAGGCAAAUUGGAGUCAUCGAUGCUGUGGGCUUCUUCGAUCCGCUGGGCAUUGCUCGAAAUGGCUUCUGGUCUCCACUGCGAAAGGCGGUGCCGCGUCUGGGCUUCUCCGAAGACCGGGGUCAGGUGGGCUUCGCCUUUGGCCUGGACAGUGAGUACGAGCCAAGUGAUCCCGCACUCAACGAGGACGAGAAAUGGUUUCGCAGACUGCGCGAGGCCGAAUUGAAACACGGUCGGAUAUCAAUGCUGGCCGCAAUGGGAUUCCUGGUGGCUCACAAGGUUCGUCUGCCCGGCUUUGGCUUUGAUGUUGCAAGCGAGGGCAUUAGCGCCGGCUUGAGCAACGACACCUGGCAGCGAAUCUCCCUUCUCAUCUUCAUUUUUUGUGGCCAAUUUGAGCGGAAUCAAUUCCGGCAAGAAGCUGCGCGGCAGAUCGGUGACUUUGGCGACCCUCUCAAGUUGAAGCAGUACACUCCUGAGAUGCGGCUUACGGAGCUUAUAAAUGGUCGAGUGGCCAUGUUGUCUUGCCUGGCAAUUUUCGCUAUUGAGCAGACAACAGGAAAGCCCGCCACUGAAGUUUGGUACCCUUUCGAGUGA